UGAUGGUUUGUCUGAUGUAGAUAGAUUUGAUGAAAACGAUGAAAUUACUAAAGAAAUGAAAUCAAACUCAGAUUCAGAUUCAGAUUCAGAUGAUAAUAAUCGUGUUGAUCGAGAUGAACAUGAUAACGAACAAAUUGAAUCAAUUGUUAUUUCUACGAAUAUUCAGCCAAUUCUAUCUGAACAAAUUAAAACUGGUAAUGCAUAUGAAAAAGAUAAUCAAAAAAUAAGGAAAGAAGAUGAAACACGAGCGAUUAAAUCCAAUGUUAUGUCUUUUUCCAAUGCAUCAUUUAAUCUAAGUGAAACAAUUACUGAAGAUAAAAUUCGUAAUUUACUUUUAGAAAAACAACAAAUGACACUUACAGAAUUAAUUCAAAACUUUUUACCAACGACAGAAGAUUUACAAACAAAAGAAAAAGAAAUAAAAGAUGAUAUUGCUCAAAAAAUAGCAAUCAUUUUAAAACAUUUAAAUAUUGAAGAAAAAAUUAUUAAUGGAGAACAAGUUAUUAAACUUAAAACAACGUAA